GCUUGAAAUUCAGUUCUGCUGUGUGUUAUUAUUGAGUGCAGGUCCACUUCUUCAAGGCUCCAACAGUCAGCAUUCAGCUCAACCAAAUGGAAACUUGUUUUUUGCAUCCCUUCAAAUGGCCCAACAAGACUGCUGUACAUGGAAUCGCUGCCGACUAUUCAGUGAGAGUUGCCUCCUGUUCGGAGUCCGUAAGUUGCGUGCUCCCCCUCAGGACAUGCCCCCACUCCAAUUGCACAACAAGGACAUGCGCAUUGAUUUCCAGACCUCCAAUGGUCGUCAAGGCUGCCUUUGCUGCACCUUCUCGUUGGGCGGAACAAAUUCUUGAUUCAGAUGCUCCUAAGUCGCACAGAAGACGGCGAUUGCACAGCUCAUUGGUGAGAGCAGGUGUCGGGGAAUCCGACAAGGAUGUUGUGCAGGAUGUUCGAAAUGACCUUAACGAGGGUGCAUCAACAUCCAGAGGGGCUGGAGAUGACGGCGCGUCGUCAGCUCCGCAAAGCAUUCCGUUUUCGGAUUAUGCGAGGGCUAGUGGUGUAUCGAUUACGGAACUCGUUACCCUAGAGCCAGGCGCCUUUCCGUUUAAAGAUGACGACUCUGAAGAGGCAGGUCCUACGGCCGAAGAGGCAAACGCGUUUGCAGUCAAGUCUGGUUCCUUGCUAUCCAGCACGAAACGAGGCGGGCGAGGAGCACAGGUUGCAGAUAUCCUAUAUGUGUUUGGUGGUCUUCUAGACCGUCCAUUUAGUGAUGGUGAUAUGAUCGCGAAGGCUGGGCGCAUUGCCAUUGAAAGGCUCCAAGGAGACGUGAAAGAGCUGUUCCAGCACGAUGAUGUAGAUCAGCAGUUGCUGUUUGAGUUGGAGAGGUGUCUGAAGUUGUUGAAUGUUCACAUAGAUCUUAUUGGAGCUGCAAAGAAGCGCGAGACUUUGCUGCAAAGGCUAGAAGAAGCGAAGGUACCAUGCAGGCAAGCAAUGCAGAUAGCUGAAAACUUGUAGACAGGGUCGACCCUGUUCACACUUGAAAGCAUUCUGGCGGCUUUGACUUCCGGUUAUUUGUCUAUUGCUGCAGGCAAGUUUCAGUGGCGAAUUGUGUUAACUUAUCGCCGAUGGGAAUUGAUGCAUUGCAUAAUCCUUGGAGCACCAUGGCAUCACCCACAUCCUUUGCUCCCGUAAGUUGUUGCAUCUUUGUUUUCAACUCUGGUUCUCUUCCAUUUUUUCACUUCACAACUUCAGAAUGUAGAGAGAGGUGUUUGCUCCUUCUUUCAAAUCGUAGUGAUGGAUUCCGCGUUUAGUGUUUUAACUAUUUCUCAUUGAAGAUCUUUCUCUUCCAAUGUGAGUUUCUCAUGAAUCACUGUGCAUUUUUCUUUUAUAUACUAUCUACUAGAACAUAGUGGUCUACUGGAAAAUCAUUUCUCUGAUGUAUGGAUCUAAUACAUGAUGUUAAUGUAAGGUUCUCCGAAAGAUGUGAAAUGAACUCAGCUUUCGCAG